CCAGGAAGCAAUUCACAUGUUGGAGGAAACCUACAAGUGCCUGGAGUGUGGAAUGAACUUCUCAGAUCAAACCCAAUAUAAUGUCCAUUUGGGAACACAUAUUGGAAAGAAGCACCAUCAAUGCCUGGAGUGUGGAAAGGCCGUGACUGGCAGAGCAGAGUUCCUCAGACAUCUAAGGACACAUACAAGAGAGAAACCUUAUAGCUGCUCAGACUGUGGAAAGAGUUUCUCACAGAAAUCAGACUUUCUUCAACACCACAGAAUUCAUUCAGGAGAGAAGCCCUGUAUCUAUUUCAAGGGUGGAAUGAUGUUUUUGGCUGGAAGAAAGUGUAAAAUACAAUUUCCAAAGCAGAGCAUAAUGAAGGCAUGUAAAUGCUUUCAGUGUGGAAAGUACUUCAGAUACAAAUCACAGCUCCUUGUGCACCAAAGGAUCCACACGGAGGAGAAACCAUUUGAAUGCUCAGAGUGUGGGAAGAGAUUCAGCCAGAGUUGCAGUCUUCAAAAACAUCUAGGAACCCACACAGGGGAGAAGCCUUUUGAAUGCUCAGAGUGUGAGAAGAGAUUCAAUCACAGUAGCAGUCUUCAGAGUCAUCUAAGAACCCAUACUGGGGAGAAGCUGUUUGAAUGCUCAGAGUGUGGGAAGAAAUUUAGCCACAGUGCCCAUCUUCAAAGUCAUCUAAGAACCCACACAGGGGAGAAGCCUUUUGAAUGCUCAGAGUGUGGGAAGAGAUUCAGCCGGAGUGGCAAUCUACAAACGCAUCAAAGAAUCCACACAGGGGAGAAGCCUUUUGAAUGCUCAGAGUGCGGGAAGAGAUUCAGCCAGAGUGGUGCUCUUCAGAAGCAUCGACAAACCCACACAGGGGAGAAGCCUUUUGAAUGCUCAGAGUGUGGGAGGAGAUUCAGCCGCAGUGGCCAUCUUCAAAUACAUCUAAGAACCCACACAGGGGAGAAGCCUUUUGAAUGCUCAGAGUGUGGGAAGAGAUUCAGCCAGAGUAGCACUCUUCAAACGCAUCAAAGAACACACACAGGGGAGAAGCCUUUUGAAUGCUCAGAGUGUGGAAAGAGAUUCAGCCACAGUAGCCAUCUCCAAAUUCAUCUACGAACCCAUACAGGGGAGAAGCCUUUUGAAUGCUCAGAGUGUGGGAAGAGAUUCAGCCGCAGUGGCCAUCUUCAAAUACAUCUAAGAACCCACUCAGGAAAGAAGCCCUUUGAAUGCUCAGAGUGUGGGAAGAGAUUCAGCCAGAGUAGCUCUCUUCAAACACAUCAAAGGACCCACACAGGGGAGAAGCCUUUUGAAUGCUCAGAGUGUGGAAAGAGAUUCAGCCACAGUAGCCAUCUUCAAAUUCAUCUACGAACCCAUACAGGGGACAAGCCUUUUGAAUGCUCAGAAUGUGGGAAGAGUUUUAGUCACAGUGGCAGUCUUCAAAAUCAUCUAGGAAUCCACACAGGGGAGAAGCCUUUUGAAUGCUCAGAGUGUGGUAAGAGAUUCAGGCAGACUAGUGUUCUUCAAAAGCAUCGAAGAAUCCACACAGGGGAGAAGCCUUUUGAAUGCUCAAAGUGUGGGAAGAGAUUCAGUCAGAGUAGCAGUCUUCAAAGUCAUGUACAAACGCACAUAAAAGAGAAGCCUUUUGAAUGUUUGGAGUGUGGGAAGAGAUUCAGCCGUAAUGGCAGUCUUAAAAUUCAUCAAAGAACCCACACAGAGGAGAAGCCUUUUGACUGCUCCUAGUGUGGGAAGAUAUUCAGUCACUGUCUUCAGCAUCAUCAGGGAAUCCACAGAAGGCAGAAAGUUUUGGAACAGAGAGAGUUGCAGUCAGUGUGAUUAUCUUCAACAUCAUCUUGGAACCCAUACAAGGAAAAACCAUGGAAGUUCUUAGCUUAGGGGUGCUGAACUCAUAGAAUCAUAGAGUUGGAAGGGGCCAAACAGACCAUCCAGUCCAACCCCCUGCUCCUUGUAGGAUCAGCCUAGAGCAUCUCCGACAAUCAUCCAGCCGUAUUUUGAAGACUGCCAAUGAAGGGGAGCUCAGCACCUUCCUAGGCAGCUGGUUCCACUUCUGAAGUGCCCUGACUAAAAAUUUUUUUCCUAAUAUUCAGCCUGUACCUUUUUGCUUGUAAUUUGAGCCCAUUGCUUCGGGUCCAAUCCUCAGCUGCCAAGUGGAACAGCUCCUUGUCUUCCUUUAAGUGAUAGCCUUUCAAAUAUUUAAAGAGAGCAAUCAUGUCCCACCUCAAUCUCCUCUUCUUUAGACUGAACAUUCCCAAGGCCCUCAGCCUUUCCUCAGAGGGCUCUUCCUCCAGGCCCUUGAUCAUCCUCAUUGCUCUCUUUUGCACCCACUCAAUUUUGUCCACAUCAUUUUUGAAGUGAGGUCUCCAGAACUGCACACAGUAUUCCAGGUGUGGCCUGACCAAGGCAGUAUACAACACAGCUAUGACUUCCUGUGAUUUUGACGUAAUAGCCCUUUUGAUACAAUCCAGGAUUAGAUUUGCCUUUUUUGCCACAGCAUCACACUGACUGUUCAUAUCUAGUGUACAGUCCACUCAUGGUCUCUUUCGCAUACACUACUUCCCAAAAGUGCAUCCCCCAUCCAGUAUUUGUGCUUCACAUUUUUGUGGCCCAGAUGUGGGGGAGGGGAAUAAAGGAAAGGGGAAGGGUACAUGGAUUUAAAAUUUUGUAGUGUUUCUACUUAUGCAUGUGUUCAUUUCAUAUUGUCAACAGAAUGGGUCAUCUUAUAAUAUUCCUUGAAAAAUUUUACCUGAAAAUCCAAUAAACCUAUUGCAAUUUG